AUGUCUGUCUUGAGCAACGGCAUCAGUAUCCUGUAUACCCCCGAGAAGACGGAUCCUUUCGCAGACAUCGUCUUCGUCCAUGGAUUCCAAGGCCACGCAAGAAAGACAUGGACAGCACGCGCACCAAAAACCACGAAAUUCAGAGGCCGGCAGCAGAAAGCAGCUGUCCUGGACCGGCCUACCGUUAGGGAUUCGCAGCAUCAGCUAACGCCAGACGAUGGUCAGCCAGAAGACUCCAAGACAGACAUAUUCUGGCCCUUGGACCUGCUGCCAGAAGAGUGUCCCGACUGUCGAAUUAUGACUUUUGGCGAGGUCGAUAUAUCAUUUUUGUGGCCCACUCGUUUGGAGGUCCUUCGCCUUGCCGCCAGAGACGAAGAUGCCUCUGUGCUUGAUAUCAGAGAUUCCACCAAGGCAGUUUUCUUCCUCGGGACGCCCCAUCAUGGCAGCGGACUUGCAACGUCCGGCGAGAUGAUGAGAAAAAUGGUUGCAUUCAGCAUGUUCAACACUAACGCGUACAUUCUACGCGCCUUGCACUAUGGCAGCCAUGAAAGCAAGGUUGCUCAUGAUGACUUUAUGCGCCAAUGGCACCAAGAACGAUUUCUUGUCCGCACUUUUCAAGAAAGCCUCGCUUUAGGAAUCUUUCCUGGAGUUUCGGGAAAGAUAGUUCCUGAUAUAUCCUCUUCGCUGGGGGAUCCAAGGGAGAAUGCCCAAUAUAUUAAUGCUAAUCACCGUGAUAUGUGUCGUUUUACAGGUAAAGAUGACCCUGGAUAUCAACAAGUGGGAAGUGAACUGCGAAGGGUUACAAACAAACUUCGCCUGGAGUAUAAGAUAUCACAAGACAAGGCACAGGAUAUCAAAUCCGAACAUAUUGAGGAACUAUCUUCUGAAGAGCUAGGUAUGGGACCUCUCCAAUGGUAUCCUUCUCUUUGUACUAAUACGGAAAUAGAAUGUCUACGUUCAUUGUCCGUCCCCGAAGCUGACAUGUGGGACUACAACGUUGACCAAGAAGUCCAAGCCACUUGUACCUGGCUGUUCGAUAAAGAAGAAUAUUGUUCUUGGAAAGAUACAUCCAACUUGGACAUGAAGAAUUCUCUUUUACGGGUUAAAGGGAAGCUGGGAACUGGAAAAUCAACAUCUGUAAGGGUUGCUAUGUCAAGACUAUGGAGUGAGCAAUCAACCUGUCCUGGGAUCAAACUAGCAUUCUUCUUCGAUAACCUUACCAAUACCCCCGGGAACCCUCAACUCCGGCUCUUCAAAUCACUUCUCUUCCAGCUCUUCCAACAGUCAAAGCAAAUUUUCCUUAGGUUUAUGCCCGUCUUUCGCCGAAAGAAAGGUUUACACAAUAACCACUGGGCAUGGAGUGAAGACGAGCUGAAGUCCUUUUUCCUAUCAGUAAUGAAAGAUCUGCCAGUUUCUUCGGCUUUUAUAUUUAUUGACGCUCUCCAUGAAUGCGAGGAGGCUAGAGAUGUCAUUACGUUUUUUGAGUCAGUUCGCACUUCAAGCAUUGAGAAAAAUAUCCCCUUGAAGAUAUGCUAUUCCAGUCGGCAUUACCCUCCCAUAGAUGUAGGGGACUACGCUGAACUCAUUAUUGAUGCACACAACAAUUAUGAUAUCGAAAAUUAUAUCCAAAGGAAAUUGAAACCCCUGCUCAAGAGACGGUAUAUUGACAGGCUUAUGGACCGUAUUGCCGAGAAAGCCCAGGGGGUGUUUCUGUGGGUUGUUCUGGUUGUGGGUAAGGUUAUUAAAGCCCAUGACCAAGGUGAAUCAAUGGAACGAAUGCAAGAAAUUGUUGAAAAUGUGCCAGAUAAGCUGGAGUCCCUCUAUAGAGAGGCUCUCAAGUCUGCCCUCCUGAAUCGUCCCGGCGAAACAUUGUCCAUAUUCCAAUGGGUUCUCUGCGCUUCCAGAUUGCUUAGCUUGACCGAGCUACGUUAUUCCCUGAUAUUUCAGAAGAAUGGAUACAAAUCCCAGGCUGAAGCCGAAAGUUGUUCAUCCUUUAUUGAAUGUGACGAGCAAAUGGAUAUACUUCACAGAGUCCGCACAGGCGGCCUGACGGAUACAAGCACUAGAAAGGCGAUAAACACGGCGUAUGCGCGCCAGAUAUUUGACGCGGACAACCAAACUACGAUCCAUCUCGUGCACGACUCGGUAAGAGACUUCCUCUUGAACCACGGUGGCCUCAAACUUCUUGAUUCUGGAUCCGCCGAUGACCUAUUUCGUCAGGGUCACAAGAGACUCGCAGAAGCAUGUAUAAACUAUUUAAACAUAGCCGAAUUGCAACAUAUAGCAAAGGCUCGACCUGAGCCGGAUGUCCUUGGUCUAACAAAAUCAAUUGAGCUCUUUCAGCAACUUUGCCGCCAGUUCCCAUUUCUCCACUAUUCUCUUAAUUCGGUUUUCAAGCACAUCGAGGCAGCCGAGCUUUGCUCCAAGGAUGAUAAUGGCCCACCUUCAUAUUUAUAUCAUCGCAUGGAGGAUACAUUCUUUGUUUGGAGGUACCUCUCUGAUCUCGAAAGUAAAUGCCGCUUCAACGAAGUCCAGGGAAAGGAGGCAACCCUAGCCCAUUUGGCAGCAGAAUACGGGCUGAUCAGCUGGGUUAAGUACUACAUCUCAAGCGGCGGGGAUAUUCACAGGGAGGGUGGUCGAUUUGGCACACUGCUUCAGGCAGCAGCUGGUAUGGGUCAUGAGGAAGUGUUUGACCUCCUUCUAAGCCAUGGAGCAGACGUUAAUUAUUUAUCCGGGAUGCUGGGAUCACCCUUGGUCGCAGCUGCCUCAGAGAGCCAUUUAUCCAUUGUCAAAACCCUUAUUGAGCGAGGCGCAAAUGUCAAUGAAGAAUGCGGGCCAUACGGAUGUGCCCUACAGGCUGCUGUUCGUUCUCCAAGGGACAGCAGCAAGCUUGUACAGAUGCUUCUUGAUGCUGGAGCGGAUAUCCAUAUGCAACACGGAAUAUAUGGCACUCCUCUCCAGGCAGCAGCUUAUAAAGGCAGGGAAGAAAUAGUCAGAACCCUACUCGCGAGAGGAGCCCAAGUCAAUAUUGUAUCUGGUAAAUAUGGAACUGCCCUUGGUGCAGCUGCAUUCCAGGGCCAUGACCAAAUCGUUCAAAUAUUCCUUGAGCACGGCGCUGAUACAACCACGGAAGCGGGUGACUAUGGUAAUUCCACAUGGGCAGCAGCGUACAAUGGGAAGGAGUCUGUCCUACAGCAACUUCUCCGCAAUCGCUAUCCAUCCUGGCAAGAUGACAUCUUGGAGAGUAAAGUACGAGGCAUGAUGAACCAAGCCAUCCGUACAGUAGCUUUCCAUGAAGCUGUAGAAGAUGGAGACUUUGAUUCGGUCAAGAAAUCAUUGGAAGAUGGCAUUGACCCAAAUGCAAGAGGAGGAGUUGAUAGCUCUGCUUUGCAUUCAGCAGCGUUCUAUCAACACGCCGAGAUAGUAGCUCUAUUGCUUGCUCAAAAGGAUAUCAUUGUUGAUGUGAGGGACUAUGACGGCCGAAGCCCAUUAUGGAUAGCAGCAAGUGACGGAAAUAUCGAGAUCACAAAGAUGCUUCUCAACACCGGUCAAGUCGACGUUCGACAAAAACCUGCUUCAGGACGCAAUCUCCUAUGGUAUGCGGCCAAAGAUGGAAGAAUUGACAUGAUCCGACUGAUGUUGGAAGCUGGUGUAGACCCCUUUGAGGUUGAUGAUGAUGGCGUUUCACCAAUCAUGAGGGCCGAAAAGGAAGGUCGAAAAGAGGUGGUUUCACUAUUCCAGACGGAUGGAGGGAAGAAGUAG